AUGUGUAAUAAUAAAGCUGAUCAGGUUGAUGCAAUCCCAAACGUCAUUCGUGAUUUGCUUGUAAAUAUACUAUCGUCAGAAAAAGAUGUAUUCAAGAGUGUUAUGAUGACUCCAUUGAGCCCUGAUCAUCAAUUUCGAAAGUUUCUCUAUGACCAGCGAAAACACAUUAGACCGCAAUAUUGGGGAAAGGAAAUACAUCGUAGAUAG